CAUUCAGCAAGCUCAGCAAGUGCUUCUCGAGAGAAGAAUAAAUUCUAACAAGCCACCCACCAACAACUUGACAGAACAUCCACAAUGGUGAGGAUAUUCUUCCGCGCCUCCUCAUCUGACAAGGGAGACAAAGAGGAAGAACUCGUUGUCAACGAGCUUGACCAGGACCAGGACCGGGACCAGGACCUGGAGUCUACUUCGGCCCACAUCAAGAGGUAUUUUCCAGUCCGCCUGUGCGUCAUCAUGAUUGCCGUGCUGGUCAUUCUCCUUGGACUGCUGCUGGGCUCCAUCUACACCUACCGCCACUUCCAUCCUUCUAAGUUGUAUGACGACUUGCCAGGUAGCGGUUCAUCUGUCAUUCAAGUCUAUCCAUCCGUCCAGUUGGAUGACGACUUGCCAGGUGGUGGUUUAUCUGUCAUUCAAGUCUUCUCGCCGGCAAAGAACAUCAUCACCUUAUCAGAUAGCAAUUUGCGUGAAUCAGCGGACGAGUUCAAGUGCCAUGUUGUGUUCGAAGAUCGUAACAGCCAAGUGGAGUUGACCAUGGAUGUGGCCAUAUCUCUGGAAAAAAACUACGAGUACAUCACGGUGGUCAAGAUGGGCAGACGCGACCACCCCUUUGACAUCAUCCACGACUUUGAACACAGCAAGACGGCAUAUUAUGACAAGCAAUUGUCAAAAUGCUUUGUGGGCCCGCUGAACACCGUAGUGCUUUAUCCACACAACCUUCGGGAGAUGCUGUCCAACACCGAGAGUGAGAUUUACCUAGCGGAUAACUACGUAUUCAAGGAAGUGAUGAAGGUGACCGGCCUGCUGACCAACGAGGAGAUGAGCCCCACCAUCCAAGAGAUGUGCCGCGGAAGGGAGACCUAUGAAAUGCAGAGAGGAGAUCCAGCUAUACAGAAUUACCUCUGCAGGGAAAUCACUUACUUUGAGAGCCGUUACAUCGUGAUUACUUACAUGUGUACCUAAAGCGAACGGCGACACAGCCAUUAUCUCUUCAGUUCUUGACUACACUUCUAAACUGCACUUUAACCCUUGUCAAACUGAUUUCUCUUAAUUUUUCUUCGCAAUUACAAAACAUUUGUAAUAGUUUGUGUGUAAUAGAAUGGUGGUGGCAGACUGGUUUGCGGAUCAGUCUCAGUUUGGGACUUUGGCCGUCCCGUGUUGGAGAUUUUGAUGUUCUCCCUUUGCUUGUCUGAUUUCUUCCACAUUUCCAAAAAAACAUACACAUUCGGUGGAUUGAGGAUGCCAAAUUAUUCAUGCGCGUGGAUGCUUGUACCCCGACAUAGAUUGGCAACCAGUCCGGGUGUCUGGCCUCUCGCUCAGUCAGCUGGGAUAAGCAAUCCUGGAGAAUAUAAAGAAAACUGAUGGAUGUAUGAUUUCAAUGUCAUUUUGUAAAUUUGAAAUGCACUGGUCAAGAAAUAUGAGGUGUGUGUCUCAAUUGUGUUUUUGAUGCAGAUUUUAAAA